GAACCCCUGGGGUUCGACCGAACCCAGGUUAAGAACCACUGGAAGAAAGUUUUGUUUGUAAGACUUGCUUGUCCUGAUCCUCCUCACCUGUAGGUGGCGGUAAUUCGCCAUGUUGUUCUUUACGCCAUUAUCUCCAUAACAAGAAGCAGCAGCGCCAGCCGCAGACGCAGUUGGCUAUUUGACUCCUCCAGAUGGUCUAACUGGUCUUCUUGGUGGUUUUUAGGGGGUUUGUGUUAUUUCCAGUAAAACCAGUCAGUCCAUCUCAGUUUUCUGCCCUUGAGACAGGAGAACGUCACUGAGCGCGUCAUGGCGGCCGACCGGCGCGAGGACAAAGACGGGGAACUGAACGUUCUGGAGGAUCUUCUGACCGAAGCGCCGGAUCAGGAUGACGAGCUCUACAAUCCGGAGACAGAGCGUGAAGUCAGCGACAAGAAAGGAGUGAAGAGGAAGCGCGAGCGAUCGGAAAGCCAGGAUGUGAAGAGGCUCCGCCCCUCGUCAGGCCACGCCCCCUCCAGGUCUUCUGGGAAACGGGCGCUGAGCUCCAAGAAGGCGUCCAGUCCGCGCCGCCACACCGCCGCCUACCAUCACGAGUACUACGAGGAGCGAAAGGGGCGGCGCCCAGCCCGAGAGGGCCCGCGGAGCCGCGGCGCGGAGGACGGCCGGCGCCGGGAGCCGCAGCGUGGCGUGGAGGCUCUGAGCCGGCUGCGGCGCGACGAGAGGCGAGUGAGCCCCUCCCCUCACGGCGAAGACAACCAAUCAGAUGAGGAGGCAGAGUACAGCUCAGAGCCGGCGUCGGGAAGCUCCUCCCCCGCCGCCUCGCAUGGCGACGAUGAGGAGGAGGAAGAGGAGGAAGAUAAUCAGGAGGAGGAGGGGGAAGAGGGCAUGGAGGAGGAAGAGGAGGAAGAAGAGGGAGAGAAGGAGGAUGAAGAUGAGGAGGAGGAUGAAUACGAUGAGCGCCAUGGCGACGGCAACGACUACGACACGCGCAGCGAGGCCGGCGACUCUCGCUCCGCCUCCUCCGUCAGUUUCUCGGAUGGAGAGUCGGGACACUCAGGCUCCGCCUCCGAAGCUUCAGGGUCGGAGAAGAAGCGAGAGAAGCUGUCGUCGUCGGUUCGAGCUGUUCGGAAAGGAAUGGAGAAUCCCACCAGCAAGCUACGCUACAUCCUGCGGGAAGCCCGCUUCUUCCUCAUCAAGAGCAACAACCAUGAGAACGUUUCCCUGGCCAAGGCCAAGGGCGUCUGGUCCACGCUGCCGGUCAACGAGAAGAAACUGAACGCCGCCUUCCAGUCGGCGCGCAGCGUCAUCCUCGUCUUCUCCGUCAGGGAGAGCGGCAAGUUCCAAGGUUUCGCUCGCCUGUCGUCAGAGUCACAUCAUGACGGUUCUCCGAUCCACUGGGUUCUUCCUGCUGGGAUGAACGCCAAGAUGCUGGGCGGAGUCUUCAAGAUCGACUGGCUCUGCAGGAGGGAGCUGCCCUUCAUCAAGACGGCUCACCUGUUCAACCCCUGGAACGACAACAAACCUGUGAAGAUCGGACGGGACGGCCAGGAGAUCCAGCCGAAGGUGGGCGCCCAGCUGUGCGCCCUGUUCCCAUUGGACGAGAGCGUGGACGUGCACCACGUGGCGCGGCGCGUGCGUCAGAAGGGCCAGACGCCGUCAGAGCUGCGGCCGCGUGGCCGCCCGCCGCAGCGCGAGCCGGGAAGGCGUCGACCUGAAGAGUAUGACCUUCACGGCAGGAAGCGACCGCGAGCCGACGGCCCGCCCGACUUCAACCAGCGGCCAGGGUUCAUCCCGGACCUACGGAGCCAGCCGGUGGACAGGAGAUUCUCCAGCGUCAGGCGAGACGUCUUCCUGAACGGGUCCUACGACUACAUGAGGGACUACCACCACAACGUGGGGCCCCCGGCUCCCUGGCAGACUCUGGCGGCGUACCCCGGCGUGGAGCAGCAGCCCCCCCACCACCCGCCCUACUACCACCACAGCCACCCGCCGCCGCCCCCCCACCAGGCCUUCCACCACCACCACCCCUCCCUGCCGCCGCACGAGGCUCCGCCCCCUCGCUUCAGAGACAAGCAGCGCUUGCCGCAGCACCGCGCCUUCGCGUCCAGCCCGCACGACUACGACAUGCGAGUGGACGACUUCCUGCGGCGCACGCAGGCGGUGGUGAGCAGCCGGCGAGAGCGCGAGAGGCAGCGAGAGCGAGAGCGCGGCGGGCCGCGCCGCGACCGCGAGCGAGAGCGGGCGAGGGACAGGGAGAGAGAGAGGGACAAGGAGAGGGGGCGGUACCGCAGGUGAUCACACGGAACUGAGCGCUCUUAUUUUGACAGUCUGACUUCCCCUUCAUUUUCAAAUUAUGUAUAAAUAGCUGCAGGAUGACAUCAUCAGUGUUCACGUCUGUUUCUUCAAUAAAGUUUCUUUGGUCAAACUUUUAA